CCCGCGGUUGGACGCGGCGCUCGGUUGCCGGGCGGGGGAGGGCUCGUCCGGUUUUUCUCAGGGGACGUUCAAAUUAUUUUUGUAACGGGAGUCGGCAGAGGACGGGGCGUGCCCGACGUGCGCGCGUCCUCCCUCCCCGGCCCUCCUCCAGCGUCCGCCGGCGCCUGCCCUGCGAGGGCGUCAUGCCGCCCAAAACCCCCCGUAGAGCAGCAGCCGCCGCCGCCGCCGCCGCCGCGGAGCCCCCGCCGCCGCCCCCGCCCCCGCCGCCCCCUCCUGAGGAGGACCCCGAGCAGGACAGCGGCCCCGAGGACCUGCCUCUGGCCAGGCUUGAGUUUGAAGAAACUGAAGAACCUGAUUUUACUGCAUUAUGUCAGAAAUUAAAGAUACCAGAUCAUGUCAGAGAAAGAGCUUGGUUAACUUGGGAGAAAGUUUCAUCUGUGGAUGGAGUCUUGGAAGGUUAUGUUCAAAAGAAAAAGGAACUAUGGGGAAUCUGUAUCUUUAUUGCAGCAGUUGACCUAGAUGAGAUGCCGUUCACUUUCACUGAGCUGCAGAAAAACAUUGAAACCAGUGUCUAUAAAUUUUUUGACUUACUAAAAGAAAUCGAUACCAGUACCAAAGUUGAUAAUGUUAUGUCAAGACUGUUGAAGAAGUAUAAUGUGUUGUGUGCCCUCUACAGCAAAUUAGAAAGGACAUGUGAACUUAUAUAUUUGUCACAACCCAGCAGUUCGAUAUCUACGGAAAUAAAUUCUAUGUUGGUGCUAAAAGUUUCUUGGCUCACAUUUUUACUAGCUAAAGGGCAAGUUUUACAAAUGGAAGAUGAUCUGGUGAUCUCAUUUCAGUUAAUGCUGUGUGUCCUUGACUAUUUUAUCAAACUCUCACCUCCUGCAUUACUCAAAGAACCAUAUAAAACAGCUGUAAUACCUAUUAAUGGUUCACCUCGAACACCAAGGCGAGGUCAGAACAGGAGUGCACGGAUAGCAAAACAACUAGAAAAUGAUACAAGAAUUAUUGAAGUUCUCUGUAAAGAACAUGAAUGUAAUAUAGAUGAGGUGAAAAAUGUUUAUGUCAAAAAUUUUAUACCUUUUGUGAAUUCUCUUGGAAUUGUAGCUUCUAAUGGACUUCCAGAGGUGGAAAGUCUCUCUAAACAAUAUGAAGAAAUUUACCUUAAAAACAAAGAUAUAGAUGCAAGAUUAUUUCUGGAUCAUGAUAAAACUCUUCAGGCUGAUCCUACAGACAGUUUUGAAAUACAGAGAACACCACGAAAAAGUAACCCCGAUGAAGAGGUAAAUGUGAUUCUUCCACAGACUCCAGUUCGGACUGUCAUGAAUACUAUCCAGCAAUUAAUGAUGAUCUUAAAUUCAGCAAGUGAUCAACCGUCAGAAAAUCUGAUUUCCUAUUUUAAUAAUUGCACAGUGAAUCCAAAGGAAAGUAUCCUGAAAAGAGUGAAGGAUAUUGGGUACAUCUUUAAAGAGAAAUUUGCUAAAGCUGUGGGACAGGGAUGUAUGGAAAUUGGAUCACAGCGAUACAAACUUGGAGUCCGAUUGUAUUACCGAGUAAUGGAAUCCAUGCUUAAAUCAGAAGAAGAACGAUUAUCCAUUCAAAAUUUUAGCAAACUCCUGAAUGACAACAUCUUUCAUAUGUCUUUGUUGGCAUGCGCUCUCGAGGUUGUAAUGGCUACAUAUAGCAGAAGUACAUCUCAGAAUCUGGAUACUGGAACAGAUUUGUCCUUCCCUUGGAUUCUGAAUGUACUUAAUUUAAAAGCUUUUGAUUUUUACAAAGUGAUUGAAAGUUUUAUCAAAGCAGAAGCCAACUUGACCAGAGAAAUGAUUAAACAUUUAGAACGAUGUGAACAUCGAAUCAUGGAAUCCCUUGCAUGGCUCUCAGAUUCACCUUUAUUUGAUCUUAUUAAACAAGCAAAGGACCAAGAAGGACCAGCUGAUCACCUUGAACCUGCUUGUUCUCUCAGCCUUCCUCUCCAGAAUAAUCACACUGCAGCAGAUAUGUAUCUUUCUCCUGUAAGAUCCCCAAAGAAAAAAGGGUCAACUACACGUGUAAAUUCUACUGCAACUUCAGAGGCACAAGCAACCUCAGCCUUCCAGACUCAGAAGCCAUUGAAAUCUACCUCCCUUUCACUCUUUUACAAAAAAGUGUAUCGACUAGCAUAUCUUCGACUAAAUACCCUGUGUGCACGCCUUCUGUCUGACCACCCAGAACUAGAACAUAUCAUCUGGACCCUUUUCCAACACACACUGCAAAAUGAGUAUGAACUCAUGAGAGACAGGCAUUUGGACCAGAUUAUGAUGUGUUCCAUGUAUGGCAUAUGCAAAGUGAAGAAUAUAGACCUUAAAUUCAAAAUCAUUGUAACAGCAUACAAAGAUCUUCCUCAUGCUGUUCAGGAGACAUUCAAACGUGUUUUGAUCAGAGAAGAGGAGUAUGAUUCUAUUAUCGUAUUCUAUAAUUCAGUCUUCAUGCAGAGACUGAAAACAAAUAUUUUGCAGUAUGCUUCCACCAGGCCCCCUACCUUGUCACCAAUUCCUCACAUUCCUCGAAGCCCUUACAAGUUUUCUAGCUCACCUUUACGGGUUCCUGGGGGGAACAUCUACAUAUCACCCCUGAAGAAUCCAUAUAAAAUUUCAGAAGGUCUGCCUAUGCCAACAAAAAUGACUCCAAGAUCAAGAAUCUUAGUAUCAAUUGGUGAAUCAUUUGGGACUUCUGAGAAGUUCCAGAAAAUAAAUCAAAUGGUGUGUAACAGCGACCGUGUGCUCAAAAGAAGUGCCGAAGGAAGCAACCCUCCUAAACCACUGAAAAAACUGCGCUUUGACAUUGAAGGAUCGGAUGAAGCAGAUGGAAGUAAACAUCUCCCAGGGGAGUCCAAAUUUCAACAGAAACUGGCAGAAAUGACAUCUACUCGAACACGAAUGCAAAAGCAGAAAAUGAAUGAUAGCACGGAUACCUCAAACAGGGAAGAAAAGUGAGGACCUCACGACCUUGGUGGGCACCCUGUACACCUCCGGCUUCAUUGUCUCCCACAGAUCUGACUGUAGAACUCUCCCAGGUUCUGUUUACGGCCACAUUUGAUACAUACCUUCAGCUCUUUUUGUGGAUAGCACAGUUGGGUAUUUGUGCAGGGGAUUCCUAAGCCACUUGCAACAUUGUAGUCACUAGAACAUGCAUUGUUAUUGUACAAGAUUGAAAAUCAUGUGCCAGUCCUGCCAUUUAAAAAGCUGUAGCAGAUGUUUCCGUUUCCAAAAUACAGUAAGUCCCCUACAUACGAACCUUCAAGAUACGAACUUUCAAAGAUGCAAACAAUUGAAUCCAGCAAGGAACCAGAACCUGUGCCAUUAAUGUCAGGCGUGAGUGAAAUUGCAGUUUGCCCUCCAUCUCCUAUUGCUGACGAUCCUUCAGCUCUACCAUCUCCCACCUCCUCUCCCUCCUCCAGUCAGUAACUCUUCUUGCCUGUUUGUUCGAUGCCAGCCCCUGUGUGCCAGCUGUUGUACUGUACUACUGUACUUUUCAAGGUACUGUACUGUAAGAUUAAAAAUGUUUUCUUUAUUUUUUGUGUUUGUUUGUUUUUUAUGUAUUAUUUGUGUGAAAAGUAUUAUAAAGCUAUUACAGUACAGUACUAUAUAGCCGAUUGUGUUAGUUACCUAGGCUAACUUCUCUGGACUUACAAACAAAUUGGUCUUAUGAAGCACUCUCUGAAUGGAACUCGUUCGUAUGUAGGGGUUUUACUUAUAAUUGCUCUGCUUUACAAAUGGUGGCAGGAUCCCCUGGGAGUGAGAGUCCUCACAACCUGUACCUAUCUGAGUACUUUGUCUUCUCUUGUGGCAUGUAUGUGAUGUUUGCUCUUAUUUUUAUUAAUUUAUAUUUAUUUUUUUAACUUAACAUGAACACCCUUAGAAAAUGCGUCUUGUCUUCCAAAUGCAAUUUGGCUGACUGCCCCCAUUCACCCAAAUGAUCCUGAGCUCUUGUGCUAAAACAUAUAUUAGAAACUAGGGGAAAAUUACUAAUUUUUACACAUUAGAUUUUAGUUUACUCAUGGAAACUAAAUGGAUGUACU